ACAUUAUCGAGAAGAAUAUACGAGCUUCUUUUCUAAGUAUACAGGCGAUUAUUGGAUCGAGCGCGUUUUUCGGUUAACAAUUAUUGAAUCCACACAUCGAAAGUCUGCUGAUCAUUAUUCCCAAACUCUAGCCUCCGAUCAAGAAAUUAUGUUUUUUAAUCCGUCUCCAUCCACGGCCGGCGUGCCUCGAUCAGCAAAUACAAACAAUAACCCUGUACGCAAUUACUUCGCCUCGCUGUUGACGAUGAUAGUGUACGGUGCCAGCGCCCCUCUGCGGGUGCCCAGUAGUCUUUCCGCCACCAAAACUGUUUUAUCUUCAGCCUUCACAGACAAAACCCUUUCGAACCUCCCCAGAAAGUUCUUCCGUGACGGUGCUGUCUCGUUCCUCCUCCUGUUCGUCUUUCUGUCCACCUUCGUUGUCCUGGCCGAGUCCCGGAGUGUCGGAGUCUGCAAUGGGAUCCCUUGCGCCAACGGCGGGCGACUCCUGGUCUCCAACAGCGUGUGGGGCAACUGCAGAUGUCGGUGCCCGUCCGGAUUCGUCGGCCCGUACUGCCAGUAUCGGCUGAUGGCGGAUGCGGCAACGAGCAGUGAAGGUGCUGAGGUCCCGGAGAGUUCCAGCAACGACCUUUGGUCAUCUCUGAUCGACUGGGCGCCAAUCAGCAGAUGGGUAGUGAAUUCAAUUACCAUUAAAAUCGAAGUUGGAGAUACAAAAAACAGUUUGGCUGUCAAAGAAAAAUCUUUAUAUUCUUUCAAUUACAACAGUCGCAGGUGGUCCUGGACUCCUCAUGGACAAAUUUUUGAUGUAAGUAAAAUUUUAACUUUUUAAAAUAAAGUCAUCUUUGCUUUUUUUCUUCCUUUUUAUUUGGUUGCAUGUACGAUUUUUGUAUAGAAUUUGUUGACUAAAUUUUGUUGAUAGUUUGAUCUCGGGACACGGAUUUAGGAACGGUUCUUUUUUCAUAUUCAAAUCAUUUUAUUUUGAUCUAUUUUGGAUGAUAACGUUAAAAUCAAUUGGUUGAAUAAUGCCUUGAAUUUAUUUACGCCAACAAACACUUAUGAACUAAGUCCACGGUCUUUAAUAAUAAAAAAAAUAAUUUAAAAAAAAAAAAAAAAGAGGAAAAACUUUCCUCCUGACANUUUUGUUGAUAGUUUGAUCUCGGGACACGGAUUUAGGAACGGUUCUUUUUUCAUAUUCAAAUCAUUUUAUUUUGAUCUAUUUUUGAUGAUAACAUUAAAAUCAAUUGGUUGAAUAAUGCCUUGAAUUUAUUUACGCCAACAAACAAUUAUGAACUAAGUCCACGGUCUUUAAUAAUAAAAAAAAUAAUUUAAAAAAAAAAAAAAAGAGGAAAAACUUUCCUCCUGACAAUUCAAUAACAAAAAUUGAUAACAGUCAAAUUGGUUUUGAUCAUCUGUUAAAUGUGUUUAAGCACAUAUUCUAAACAGGAUAUAUUCUAAACAGCGCAUAUUCUUUAAAAUCGUAGUUUGCAACCCUUGUUUGAACACACAAUGACAGUUCUUGAAGGACGAUUCAUUUAUUCACUACAGCCUAAUUAAAACAUGUACACACUAUAGGCCAUGGGGCAUGCGUACAUAAAUCAUCCAUACAACACAAUGUUUAAAAAAACGAAUGGUACAAUGCAACUUAAUAUUUAAAAAGUGUACAAUACAACAUAAUUACGGUAUAAUCUUUUGAAACUGCCGAUCAGCCUGUUACAUGUGACUCAAGAAUUCCAAUGCUCAUCGAACAGGGCUGUGUUAAAAUAUUAAAAUGCAUUCAGUUCUGACAAAAUACGUCAACAAAUUCCACGGUACACUUUGUUAUUCUGUUAGCGUCACCGAUAAUUGUGGUCGUGUCUAAUGGGAUUCAAAGUAUUUUUUGUACUAGCUGAACUUAAAAUUGUCCUACACAUCGUUUUAAAACGAAAAUAUCAUUGUUUAUAUUAAUUAAGCGAUGUCCAGAACAAAUUUAAACAAACAUGACAAAAUCUAAAAAAACAAGCAUACAAGUAAAGCAAUUUAUAAGAAUCACAAUUAGUGCCACCCCCCCCCCCCAAUUCUCGCAUUUGCACAUUUUCCCACCCCCUUGAACUAUAUUAAUAUUCUAAUGUCCCACCCCCUUUUACACUGCAGAGUUAUUUCAUAAAUCUAAAAAAACAAGCAUACAAGUAAAGCAAUUUAUAAGAAUCACAAUUAGUGCCCCCCCCCCCCCCCAAUUCUCGCAUUUGCACAUUUUCCCACCCCCUUGAACUAUAUUAAUAUUCUAAUGUCCCACCCCCUUUUACACUGCAGAGUUAUUUCACCAACCAUUCAGAAAAAAACAAAAGAAAAUAUUACGCACCAAACACACUUGCGAUAUUUUUUCUCAUCUGCCGCAGUUAUCGGGAAUUUUAUAUUAUCUUCCCUUGUAUUUUGGAAGCUCUCCAGGAUCUCGGUGUGAUCACUCAACACUCCUGUUCCAAUUGUUACAACUGACCUAUCUGCGGCCCCGUCCAAGAUAGUGGCGCCAUCCGCUCGCCUUGCCCCCCCCCCCCUUUCCACACUCCCGGGCGUGGUUUCCACCUUGUAACACUCGACACCGAACUACCUAAUGUUGGUGAAAUAACUUAACUUCUUGCCCUGGUUCCCUGGGCCGACGGUGGACAUUCCAGGCACACUUGCGGUCUCGUGCUGGCGAUGGAGAGAUGAUGUUCAAACAGCAAGUGAUGACGUGGUUUCAAAUCUAGGUCAAACAUAAUUUGCCGCGAGCUUUUUCCGGGCGUACCAUCUCCAAAUUUGUAAAAUGUACGACUCUGUAACUUCCAUUUUUGGCCAAUGUAUUGAAUGAAACCGAAGUAUUAACGACAUCUCAAAUAGUUUCCUCAGCUUUGCAAAUAAUGUAAAAAAUUAUUUUUGUCUUAAAACCACGGACAUUAUCCAUCAUUCUUUUGCUGACAUGGUGACGUCAUUAAAUUAGAGUAAUUUCCUGUUAAGUUUCUUAGGGGUUUGGCAAGGGCGUGCGUCAACUCUUAAUUUUUGAAAUUCAUCCUUCAAGCCAUCAUUCAAGUCAUCAUUCAAGUCAUCAUUCAAGUCAUUGUAUCAGUUUAUUCUCAAUUGCAAGAACAUGGGGAAAACGUAUUGUCUUUUAAGUUGUAUAAAAUUAUUAUUUUUUAUUUCUACGUUCAUAAAAAAAAAAUUAGUUACUAAUUGUCAGACCAAUUACUCUGUGGAAAUGGCUCCAUUAUUCUGUUAUAUCUCGACCUCUUAUGGAAAUGUGUAUUAUAAAGAGUGAUAUAAGUACUAUUUGUUUUUUGUUUUUAAAUCUAAUAGCCCACAUGUUUUAAAUUCAUAUGUUACAUUUCUUUUCCAUUUUUCUUUUUUUCCAGCUUUGAAUCUCUCCUAUACAGCUCCCAGCUCUUUUCCAAACCUGACAUUCCCCAUAACCUACGACCUAUGUUUUCUGACCUUUUUCCAAACUAUUUCACUGUGGUAUCGGAUGAGAAGACGAUUCAUGGCGAUUCUUGCCAUUCGAACUAAACCAACUCGCCCUUCCCCGGACACUGCUUACCAAACGAGACGAUACUUGCAGAGCUGCAGUUGAACUCAGUCCUCGCUCUGAAGACCAUCUUCCUUCAAUUAUCUAGAGAUGAGCAGUGCACGACACGCUGGAAUUUCAAAACCCAAUCACAAUUUGAACAUUGCUGAGUCAAGAUGCAUGCUACAUUUUCAGUAGUGGUUAAACCUGAA